UGCAUUAGGCUACUUGUGUUCUUACUGCAACUGUCACUAAAUUAUAACCAUUUAUAACGCGGAUUCUUCAAAUCCGUUCGAGUACUGAGCACUGGAUCAAGGGGACGCCUUUAAUUGUGUAUUGAGCGAUACCAGGGCCACUGCUCCCUUCAUGGAAGAAUGUUAGCUUGCCUCUCUGUCCCACCCCCCCAUUAGAAGAGUGAUGGAUUCCACAAAGUUGACUCCCUGCAACAGCAAAUCCAAAUCCUUGCCUGACUCUGUGAGAUGUUUAAGCCCCGCCGUGAAGGCUGAAUCUGUGAUUGAAAGCACAGAUUCCACAGGGAUGGAGCCAAAAGCAAGACUCAACAGAAGCUAUGACAUAGCAGAGAGGACAGAGUGGAAGACUUUAUAUGAGAUGACCCAGGAGGAAAAAGACAGACUAUCCAACAUGAAGGAGGAAGUAGAGGAAUGUGAGGAGAGGCAGAGUGUGAAAAUGGAGAGAGAAGAUGGUGUGAUGGAUGACAAGGGACUCAGGAGAGAGCAAGAAAAACCAAGGGAUGAACAGAAGGGGAAGGGUGGAGCUUAUCUAACCUGUCAGAAUUUUGAGAAGAAUGGAGUGAAAUCAGAAUACGGUCAACAGGACAUGGAGGAGGUGUCCAAUCUGGUCACUGCCUGCCUGCUGAAUCAGCCAAGAGUGGUGAUUUGCAGAAUAAAAAUAACAGGUAAUUCAGUUCCUGAGUCACUAUGUCCCUUCGCCAGGAAAGAAGGCCAGGGAGUGACAUCUCGACAGAGAUGGCAGGAGCUCUCACCAAUGAAGGGAAAGUGUUCACUGAGUCAGAUGGACCAGGUCAUGACUUGGAAGAGAAAGAUGAUUGGCCAGCUGGCAAGACCGCAGAAACACCAGUCGGCUUCAUCAGAGAAUGGGCUCUGUCUUCAAGCCUCCCAUAAUCCUACAGUCAUCUUCCCAAAGAACCAGUACACAGGACAAAUGGUUGAGGCAUCAUCUGAGGUUUUUCCCUGUUCCCAGUGCCCAUUUGUUCACACAGAUGAAGUGAAUCUUCACCAGCACUUGGAAAAGGUUCACGCAAAGGAGCUCAGAGAGACUCUGGUGUCUGGAAGAAGUGGAGCUGAGAACCCAUCCAACAGCAGAACAACUCAGUGCUCCAAAGUCCCUGAGACACUCCCCAUACCAACACAGUCCCACACAGGUACUUCAGGGGCCCACAAAUGCCCCCAGUGUGGGAAGAGCUUCCUAACCAAGUCACGACUGACAAUCCACCAGAAAAACCACACAGAGGGGCGGCCAUACCUCUGCUCCCAGUGUGAAAAGAGCUUCAAAAAGAAAUCUGAAUUGACAGUCCACACACGAAGGCAUACAGGGGAGCGGCCAUACCACUGCUCCCAGUGUGCGAAGAGCUUUGUCUCGUCAUCGCUCCUGACCAGACACCAGCGAACCCAUACAGGGGAACGUCCAUACCACUGUUCCCAGUGUGGAAAGAGCUGCAAAUCUAAAUCAGAUUUGAAAGUCCACACCCAAAUCCAUACAGGGGAACGGCCAUACCACUGCUCCCAGUGUGGGAAGAACUUAAAGUCCAAAAAAGGAUUGACAGUCCACAAGUUAACUCAUACAGGGGAACGACCAUACCACUGCUCCCAGUGUGGGAAGAUCUUCGGCUCAUCAUCACACCUGACCAGACACAAGCGAACCCAUUCAGGGGAGCGGCCACACCACUGCUCCCAGUGUGGGUGGAGCUUCAUUUCAAAAUCUGAAUUGACAAUCCACUCACGACUACAUACUGGGGAACGCCCAUACCACUGCUCCCACUGUGAAAAGAGCUUCAAAUCAAAAUCAGAAUUGUCACUCCACACACGAAGACAUAUGGGGGAACGCCCAUACCACUGCUCCCACUGUGAAAAGAGCUUCAAAUCUAAAUAUGAAUUGACAGUCCACACACAAAGCCAUACAGGGGAGCGGCUAUACCACUGCUCCCAGUGUGGGAAGAACUUUGACUCGUCAUCCCACCUUACCAGACACCAGCGAACUCAUACAGGGGAGCGGCCACAUCACUGCUCCCAGUGUGGGGGGAGCUUCAUUUCAAAAUCAGACUUGACAAUCCACACACGACUGCAUACAGGGGAACGGCCAUACCACUGCUCCCUCUGUGAAAAGAGCUUCAAAUCAAAAUCUGAUUUGUCACGCCACACACGAAGGCAUAUAGAGGACCGCCCAUACCACUGCUCCCAGUGUGGGAAGAACUUCAAAUCAAAAUCAGAAUUGACAGUCCACACACGAAGGCAUAUAGGGGAACGCCCAUACCACUGCUCCCAGUGUUGGAAAAAAUUCAGAUCAAAAGCAGGACUGAAAUUCCACCAGCUUGCUCACACAAGGGAAGGGCCAUACUACUGCUCUAAGUGUGGGAAGAACUUCAAAUCAAAAUCUCAAUUGACAAUCCACAUGCGAAGUCAUCCAGAAGAACGGCCAUACCACUGCUCCCAGUGUGGCAAGAACUUCAAAACAAAAUCAGUAUUGAUAGUCCACACACGGAUCCAUACAGGGGAACGGCCAUACCACUGCUCCCAGUGUGGGAAGAACUUCAAAACAAAAGCAGUAUUGAUAGCCCACACACGGAUCCAUACAGGGGAACGGCCAUACCACUGCUCCCAGUGUGGGAAGAACUUCAAAACAAAAUCAGUAUUGAUAGUCCACACACGGCUUCAUACAGGGGAAGGGCCAUACCACUUCUCCCAGUCUGGGAAGGGUUUCGUCAUCGCACCUGAUCACACGGCAGAGAACUCAUCCAGGAUGACGCCUCUACCACUGCACCCAAUGUGGAAAGAACUUAAUGAAGUUAAGGGUUCCGCAGAGACAUCGGAAGGCUCAUACAAAGUAGCAUCUAUACCAGUGACGCUUGUGUGUGAUCCGUCAGCUACGUGUUUUAAUACUGUAUUAAUGUGACCAUGCAGGUUUGUAUCCUAACACAGUGGACCCAGGAGAGCAGCCAAGCAGUAUCGUGUUGCUGUCAGUGUGGGAACAUUGAGCCUGAGGGCGGCCUGUAGCGUAGUGGUUACGAUACAUGACUGGCACCCACAAGGUCAGAGGCCGGUGUAGCCACAAUAAGAUCCACUCAGCCCUUGGGCCCUUGAGCAAGACCCUUAACCCUGCAUUGCUCCAGGGGAGGUUUGUCUCUUGCUUUGUCUAAAUCAACUGAAAGUCACUUUGGAUAAAACCGUCAGCCAAAUGACAUGUAAUGUAAUGAGCAUAUUGAGCCUUUUAGUCUUCGCAGGGAGCAGACGCCUGAUAAGGGAUCAUAAGCCCCACUGCACAAUCAGAUGACAAAUGGUAGAGAGGAUGCGUGAGUCAAUAUAUUCUGUAUAGUAUUUAGGAAAGUCAGUUUAAUAACAUGAAGUUGUGUUAGAAUAAUUAAUGGCUAUGUUUGUUGGAUAUGAACCCUUUUCAGGGAUAAAAGUCCAAAGUGUUUUCCUUUGUUCCACAUGACCAGUGUUUGUACAUCGGGCGGCAGAGUAGCCUAGUGGUAGAAUAUUCGACUGGAAACUGUACAUUUGCUGGUUCAAGCCCUGAGUUGGCAUAUAGCGAUGAAGUUGGGUCCCUCAAAUAAUAAAAAAAUAAUGCUGUUGGGCCCUUGAGCAAGACCCUUAACCCAAAAACAGCUGCAUGGUCUUUUCUCUCUCUCUCUGUCUCUCUCUCUCCUUUCCCACUUGCAAAGGUUCCCAUUGUCAUUUCUCCCAGGGCAUCCUUUUUUAAGUCAAAUAUAUCUUUGAAUAAAAGAUUCAAAGAUAAAAAGAGAAAAGUCAAAAUUAUUGUUUGCUGAUUCAUUCUGCUUUCCAGAGGUGUCUGGAUUACAUGAAUGCAGGACUACUACUGGCGGUAUGCCGUAGACUGGGUUGUGACUUGUGCCUUAGACCUGGGUUGAGCAGGCAGGUGCUGAUGGGUGCAAAUUGCCGACUCGUCUUCCUGGAAAAUUGCAAUGUGCUGCUCACUCUUGACUGGGCAGCCUAUAGCUUGGUGGUUAAGGUAAUUGACUGGGAUACGCAAGGUCGGCGGUUCUAAUCCCGGUGUAGCCACAAUAAAAUGCGCACAGCCAUUGGGCCCUUGAGCAAGGCCCUUAACCCUAGUCUAGUCAACUGUACGUCGCUCUGGAUAAGACCGUCUGCCAAAUGCCAAUAAUGUAAUGUGAUGUAAAUGACUGGCACAUCCCAAGCAGCGACUCCGAACCCACUUUGGUUCAGGGUGAGUCAUGAAAUUAUGAAACAGGUUGAGCACCAUCAAAAUCCACAGGGAAAUGAUUGUGUGCACUACUCUCUAAGAAAACAAGAAAAACCUUAAUCCUCUCCCAUCAGGAUUACACAGCCUUCAUGUCCUCUCUGUCAUCUUCCUUUGACUCUCUGUGUCCCCUCACUACCAGACUAGCCCGGGCCUCCCUCCUUAGUCCUUGGGCUUUCUGAUGCUCUACGAGCUGACUGAACCAAAAUGCGGCCAGCGGAGAGAAAAUGGAAAAGGUUUACGCCCUCAUCUUUCUAUUCCUCUGUCUCUCUUGCUAAAUUUUCCUUCUUUCACUCUAAAAUUAACACAGCUGCCUCUAACCCUCGCAAACUGUUCAUCUUCUCCUCUCUUCUCACCCCCCCACCUCACUCGUCCCUCACAGCUGAUGACUUUGUCUCCUUUGAAAAUAAGGUAGAUGACAUUCGCAAUUCCUUCUCCCCACCCUUCUACCCUUCUGCAAUCCAUCUCUAAAGACAUUCUACCUCUCUGGUUGUUCCUACCAGGUGACAUGGAGGGGUUUGGUCUCUGACCCACACCCCCUACAAACUGUAGUCCCACAGGGCUCAGUUCUUGGUCCUCUCCUCUUCUCUCUAUACACCAUGUCUCUUGUUUCUGUUAUCUCUUCCCUUUUCUUACCAUUCUUAUGCUGAUGACACUCAACUCUUUCUUUCCUUCCUUCCCAAUACCCAGGUCAGCACACAGAUCUCUGCCUGCUUGGCUGAUAUCUCUGCGUGGAUGACUUCUCACCACCUGAAGCUUAUCCUUGGCAAGACUGAGCUUCUCUACAUCCCUGCUAAGUCCUCUCUAACAAUCGACUGCUCACUGAUUGUUGAGGACUUUGUAGUAUCCUCCUCCUAUACGGCCAAGAAACUUGGGGUGACUCUUGAUAAGCACCUCACACUCGCUCCACAUAUAUCCUCCACUGCCAGAACCUGCAAGUUAUUCCUCUGUAAUAUAGGCUGUAUCCGUCAUCUCCUGAUGGAGAAAGCCACCCAGCUCCUUGUCCAGGCACUCGUCAUAUCUGCAUUACUGCAACUCCCUCCUGGCCGGUCUCCCAGCUUGUGCCAUCAAGCCCCUCCAGCUGGUCCAGAAUGCUGCGGCCCGCUGAUCACCAGUCAGCCCAGGUCAGCUCAGGCCACCCCACUCCUUAUUGGCCUCCACUGGCUUCCUAUCGCUGCAUGCAUCCGCUUCAAGGUGCUAGUGUUGGCAUUCCAGGCUGCCCCACUUUACAUCUAAUCUGUAGUUGCUCCCUACACCCCAGCAAAACCACUCCCGUCUGCCCGCUCUGGUUGCCUUCUGAUUCCCUCACUACGAGCACUAUGAGCAUCAGGACAGCAGAAUCCCUCCCCCUAUUUCGAAGCAGACUAAAAACACAGCUUUUCAAACUGUACCUUAGUCCGCCCUCCUUAUCCCCCCGCCCCCUUUUCAGAUAUCCCUUUUGUCUAACCCUAACCCUUAAUUUUUUUUUAGAUUAUACAUUUGCACAUAUUUUGUUAAGAACAGCUCUUCAUGUGUGUUUUGCUAUUUAUGGAUUUGAUGCUUUGACUUGUGGAAGAACCUAUGCACUUGUAAGUCGAUUUGGAUUAAAAGCGUCUGCCAAAUGACUAAAAUGUAAAUGUUAAAGAAAACGUGUGCAUUGUGUUGAAACCAGUCUGCUUGUGCACGUGUUUCCUGAGCAAUAAAGUUGUUGAACUGAA